CUCUCAGCAACACAAUUUUUUAUUAUUUUAUUUUUAUCAAUUGUACCUAUCUUAAUUCGUAUGAUAAUUCACGAAAUUUUGUAUUUUAAUAAAUUUAAACCAGAAUAAGUCGCUUACAAAUUUAGACCAAUGUAAACAAAAUCAUAUGUAAAUAAUUCUUGACGUUUCAAUAAAGUUCAUUCAUUGAUUCAUUAAUUCAUUCGCUUACUACAAGCAGCAAGACCAAGAAGUGACAAGUGCAACGCAGCUGGGGAAUCUAUCCUUCAGUUCAUCUUCAUCUCCAGUCUUUUUUUUUCUUUUCCUAAAAACACCCAGAAAAUUAAAAAUAGUAAAAUCUUUCAACACUCUGAAUCUGAAGACUGCUGUUGCUGUGAAAAAAAUCUAUUAAUAUCAAUAACAAGAACUUUUAACAACUAGCAAAGAAGUUUGGAUCAUGGCUGAGUUGCAAAAAUAAAUCAAUACCUAGACCUACGAGAAUAACAAAGGGAUUUCAUUAUUUUGAGAGCGAACGCUUGCAGAACAAAUCACAACCAGAAAUGAUGUCAAAGGGACCUCCAAGCGUUUUUCGUGAUAUUUACAACAAAGAAUUGUAUCCAUCGAAGCGUGCGCGCUUAAAUUUUGUCAACAAUUCAAAAGACAGUUUGGAUUAUUUGCAAAGACUUAGUCUACAAUGUCGCCUGCUAGUGCAUUCGGGCUGCGUAAACAGCCUUUCAUGGAACAGCACGGGCGAGUAUUUGCUAUCGGGAUCCGACGACCAAUUUAUAGGCGUAACAAAUCCGCACAACCAAAAGGUUUUGUUCAAAUUCAAAUCGGCACAUAGAGCAAAUAUUUUCAGUGCCCGAUUUAUGCCCCAUUCAAAUGACAGUGAAAUAAUUUCAUGUUCCGGAGAUGGAGUGGUUUUGCACACCGAACUCAUGUCUCCAUACAUGCGCCGCAUUAAUGAGGGCCAAGAUGGAGAUCUAUACGAGAAUAAAGCAAAACUAAUGUGUUUCAAUUGUCAUAAAAACGGAACAACUUAUGAAGUUAUGACUGUGCCGAGAGAACCUAAAUCCUUUAUGACCUGUGGUGAAGAUGGCACAGUGCGUUUAUUUGAUUUAAGACAAAAUUCAAGCUGCUAUAGAACGUGUUGCAAAGAUAAUAUACUAGUAUUUAGUCCGUCCGCAAUUACCGCCAUGUCACUCGCACCUAUCACAAAUCAUUGCAUAGCCGUCGGAAGCUCAGAUAGUGUUAUAAGAAUUUACGAUCGUCGAUACUUGUCGAUUAUUGAUUUUUCAAAUGCAGCCUCGCCCAGCGACCGACACACUAUCCCUGUGAAAGCCUUUCCCAUCCCGUCCACCACAAAACGAACCUAUCGUGUAACCUCGGUUAAAUACAGUCCUGACGAAGCUGACUUAUUAGUUAACUAUUCGUCAGACUAUUUGUAUAUGUUUGAUUUGAAUAAUCAAGGAAUCGAUUUGAGUGAACUGCAUUCAGAUCGUGCUGGGAAAAAAUUACUGGGUGGGGAAACUCCACCGCAGGUAAGGAAGCUUCGACUUCGAGGCGAUUGGUCGGAUACGGGACCAGAUGCGCGCCCAGAAAGAGAUCCGAAUGGUCGUGUUGAAAUUGGGCAGGUGCGACCGCAGCUCCAUGGAAACAUUAUACAUCGAAUGACAGAAGUGAUAUCACGAAUGCUAAAUGACCCUCGGACAAGAAUCGGCCUCACAGGGCAACAGACGAACGAUUUUAAUAUGCGACAAGAGGUGCCUCUUUUUACACCCGAAGAGCCCUUAACAAGGGAACAAAGUGAAGAGAUAACUAGGGCAACAGUGGCAGCUGUAGCUGUAGCAGUAUCAAGUGAUCGAAAUUCCGUUCCAACACCAAGUAGUUUGUCCACUCCAAACACCCCAACUACUGAGGAAAUUGUCAAUCCAUCGUCUUCAUCAUGGACGCAUAGCCAGAGCUCCCAUGAUUUACGUAGUGAAGACAAUGGUGAUGGUGACGUGGCAUCUUCAACUUUAGGCGCAGCCGCCGAUCAUCUACACCAACAUGAAAAUCAACUUCAAGAGGAACAAAUCAAUGAGCAAUUGGCAGAUCUCGAAAAUGAGGCCAAAGAAAAGGUGUUUGAAUAUAUGAAAAUGAAGUUCGUUGGCCAUCGAAACGCCCGCACAAUGAUUAAGGAAGCAACUUUUUGGGGUAACGAUUUUGUUAUGUCAGGUUCAGAUUGUGGGCAUGUUUUCACAUGGAAUCGACACACGGGGAAGCUAGUGAUGCUGCUGCAAGCUGAUCAGCAUGUGGUAAAUUGUGUUCAGCCUCAUCCAGACUUGCCCUACCUUGCCACAUCAGGAAUUGAUUAUGAUGUUAAAAUCUGGGCACCCACUCAACAAGAAACUAGUUUCAACGAAUCAGAAGCUAAUGAUUUGAUGGAACGAAAUGCAAUAAUGUUGAAGCAAACCAAAGAUACUAUAACGGUUCCGGCAGCGUUUAUGAUUCGGAUGUUAGCAUACAUCAAUUCGUUACGGAACCGAGAAAGAGCUACUGCUGCUGCUGGUGCUGCUGUAGUGCCAUCAGACGCUGCUGGUGCCCCUUCUACAAGUUCUGCUGCCCCAGCCCCUUCAAUUACUGUACUGUCUGCAGCUGCGGCUUUUAGGCGCAACAGACGAUUGAGUCGAAAUAAUGGCGGUGCUGAGAGUAGUGGUGCUAGCAGUAGCACCACCACCCCCUCCGAACCUAUGCCUGAGCCUCAAAACUCGCCAGAUAAUAAUAAUUUGUAAAUUGAAUUCAAUGCAAAUAAAAAAGUGAUAUGAUAAGAUUUCUAUGAGGAAUUCAGAACUAAAAUUCAAUUGUUUCUUUAACGAAAGAUGUUAAUGUGCUAAAUAAUUUACGCACUUCCCUUUCACAUGUAUUCUUAGUUUUUUAAGAUGUUUUACUGAUUCCUGCCCACCUUUGACCACUUGAUGAAUUUAUUUGCAUGCAAUAACCUAAAAAGUAAAUAAAAUGUUAUGUAUGAAAAAGAAAAUAAUGAAUGUGACUAUUUUCGAGUGAAAAACUAUUGUAUUAUUUUAUUGUUAUACAUUUAAACUAUUAAAUCAAGCUAUGUAUGUAUUGUUUUAUUAUUAUUAUUAUUUCUUUGUGAUUACUUUUUUAGUCAUACAAAUUUAGUUGUUGUUUUUGUUUGCGCUAUCCCAUCUGUGAAUAUUAUAAAUUAUAAUCAUAUAUUUUUUGGCUUAUUUAAAUAAAAACAAAAUUUAAGUUCUUA